CGAUGUGAUUUAGACCCUUUGGAAGAAUCAGUUGGGAUGAUUUUGCACUAUUUGCCUUUCCUCUUUACAAAUUGUUUGUAGCAGCAUUGGUUAUGGAGAAUUACUAUUACUAUCAUACAAUAAAAAUGGACCUCUCUAAGGACUUGUUUUUAACAAGUGAAGGUAGAUCCCCAGCCGACAAAUAGAUCCUUCUUUUUCCACAGCUGACUGGGACCAUCACCAUGACUCUCCACACAGCACAUGCAUGGAAACUACCAAGCAAUUCAAUAAAUGAUAUAUAUAUAUAUUUUUAAUGCAAAGCAUCUUGACUGAACAGGACAAGUCUUUUUUGUUUUUGUUUUUGUUUUUCUUUUCCUUCUCUUUUGAUCUUUUAUGGUUUUGUCUGUAACAUGCUGCAGCAGCAGCAGCAGCUAGUAACCAAGUAGAGAUGCCACAGGAUGGAGCUUCCAAUCCUAUCCUUUCCAGUACUCUUGUUUGAGUUCUUCGCCUCGUGCUUGGCAGACUGAUACCGGAUUGAUCGAUUGAUCGAUCAUGGCCGCAGCCACGGUCUUGUCCGCAUUCCUGCAGGUUCUUUUCGAGAAGCUGUCGACCGUGGUUCUCGACGAGCUCAGGCUGCUUCGAGGCGUCGGCGGGCAGCUGAAGGACGUGUCGGACACCCUGUCGACGAUACGAGCGACAGUCGAAGACGCGGAGGAGAAGCAAUUUAAAGACAAAGUGGUGAGUUGCUGGCUCUCGCGGCUUAAGGAUGUUGCCUAUGAGAUGGACGAGCUUCUGGACGAGUAUGUGACCGAAGACCUGCGACUGAAGUUGCAGCAACAAAGGCAGGAGAGAAGCUACUUGCGCUGUCUUUGCCUGCACAAUCGUUUAUUCGACUACAAGAUAGCCAGACGAAUAAGAAAAGUUCAGGAGAAGUUAGGUAGGCUCGUGAAGGAGCGCGACAUAGUUGGCCUGCAAAUGUUUUGCAGGACGAGCCAGCUGGAAAUCACGGAGCGUACAAAGAGCAGUUCGUUAGUGGACGAUUCGAGAGUUUUCGGCAGGGAAGAAGACAGGGAGAAGAUCGUAAGAAUCUUGUUGAAGCCAAAUAAGUCCGCGUCUACCGGCCUUUCGAUUCUCCCAAUUGUCGGCAUGGGGGGGUUAGGAAAGACCACUCUGACUCAACUUGUGUACAACGAUGAUCGGAUAAAAAGGCGUUUCUCGCUGAGAAUGUGGGUGCAUGUGGCUGAGACUUUCGACGAGAUAAAGCUAACUAGAGAGACGCUCGAAUCGGCUUCUGCAAGCGGGUUUUCUUCUUCGACCACAAACCUGAACUUACUGCAAGAAGAUCUUUGUACCAAAGUAAAGGGUAAAGGGUUUCUGCUCGUCCUGGAUGAUGUGUGGAAUGAGGAUCCUAACAAAUGGCGAACUUUUUACAACGCCUUGGUCGCCGGUGGAAAAGGAAGUAGGAUUAUCGUGACAACCCAGAACGAGAACGUCGGGAGAAUGAUGGAGGCAAUGCCGCCGUACCAUCUGACGGAGUUAUCAGACGACGACUGCUGGAAAUUGUUCAGGAAUCAUGCAUUUGUAUGUGGUGACUCUACAGCAUAUCCGAAGUUGGAAGAGAUAGGAAAGGAGAUUGUGAAAAAGUUGAAGGGGCUACCGCUUGCCGCCAAAGCAGUCGGGUGCCUGCUAUACUCGAAAGUGGAUGAAGAACAUUGGAUGAACAUCUUAAAGAGCCAGAUUUGGGACCUACCACCAGAUAAAAAUAACAUCUUACCAGCUCUAAGACUGAGUUACAAGCACUUACCCCCACAUCUAAAGCAGUGCUUUGCAUUUUGUUCCGUCUUUCAUAAAGAUCAUGAAUAUCGGAAGGAGAGUUUGGUGCAAAUUUGGAUGGCGCUCGGCUUCAUUCAGACUCGAGGAAAGGAACGGAUGGAGGACGUCGGGAACAGCUACUUCGACGAUUUGGUAAGUAGAUCCUUCUUCCAAUUUCACAAAGGGAAAUAUGUGAUGAAUUACGCAAUCCACGGUCUAGCGCAGUCCUUCUCCCUUGAUGAUUGUCUUAGGUUAGAGGAUCUUGUGAGAAACAACAAUAUUGCAAGGGUUAAACAUCUCUCAUUCUCUUGUGACAAUUCCAAGCAUACUUCAUUUGAAUCUUUCUAUGAGUUUCGGGGAAUACGAACGCUUUUAUUACUACAUGGAUACAAAUCUCCCACCAGUCCUCUCCCUAAUGAUCUGCUCUAUAAACUGAAAUACCUACGCGUGCUGACGCUGCACCGUCGAGAUAUUAGUGAGCUGCCAGAUUCUAUUGGGAACUUGAAACAUCUUCGAUUUUUAGAUCUAUCUGGGACAGGAAUCAGAAAGCUGCCCGCGUCAAUUAGCAAACUGUACAACUUGCAAACACUGAAGCUAAGAAACUGUGAAUUACUAGAUGAGAUAGAGAAUGGCGUGACCAGGCUCGUUAACCUGCGACAUCUAGAAGCGCACACAAGGUUGGUCACUCCGAUAACCAAUAUAGGGAGCUUAACAUGUCUCCAACAGCUGGAGGAAUUUGUCAUUCGCAAGGAUAAAGGAUACAAGAUAAGCGAGCUAAAGAAUAUGUCGGAUCUCGGAGGGCAUCUUUGUAUCAGAAAUCUUGAGCAUGUAAGCUGCAAGGACGAGGCGACUGAUGCGAUGUUAAGCGGAAAGGAGUACCUUACCGGCCUAGACCUUGUGUGGUCAGAUGAAACGCAUAGUAGGACAGACGCAGAACAUCUACAUGAUCAUGUGCUCGAAGUCCUGCAACCUCACAAUGGACUUAAGGAGCUGAAAAUCAAGGGCUUUGCAGGUGCGAAGUUUCCAACGUGGUUGGUUACUCUACGCUAUCUUCAUACAAUCAACUUAUUUGAUUGUGAAAGAUGCGAAUCCUUCCCACCUCUCGGACAACUACCUUUACUCAAAAACUUGGAAAUAGGAGGGUUGCAUGCUGUGGCUCGAAUUGGUCGAGAGUUUUCGGGUGAUGGAGGUGUCAAGGGGUUCCCGUCAUUGAAAGAAUUAGUACUUGCUGACAUGCCCAAUCUCAGAGAAUGGAUAUGUGAAGAUGAAGGCGAGUUUUUCCCUCGCCUCACUGACCUUGAAGUGCAAAACUGCCUGGCGCUAAGAGAGUUGCCGCAUCUUCCUCUGACGUUGAAAAGGCUCAGAAUAUCUGAAGCAGGACUUCAUGUUCUUCCAAAUGUUCGUGUUUCAGACUCGUUGCCCUCAUCAUCUCUAUCGUCCUUGUACAUUGAUUUCUGCCCGAAUCUUGAGUCCUUGGAGGGAGGACUAUUAAUGCAACAAUUGAGAGUUAUCAAGAAUUUGACAAUUGGGAAUUGUGAAAAACUUGCAUGUCUUCCCGUAGAAGGGUUUGGAACUCUCGCCUCGCUCAGAAGACUUCAUAUUUACAACUGCCCGAGGCUCAAACAGUUUGAAAAGACAGGAAGUUUGUUGCCUUGCUUGCUCAAAGAACUCCAGAUCAGAUCAUGCUCCAAGCUAAUUAACUCUAUACUUCUAGAGCUCCAUGACCUCUCCUCUAUUGCGAACCUCACUAUAGCUGAUUGCGACGACCUUUACCAGUUUCCAGAGGAAGGCCUGUCGGCUACGAUCGAAUUCCUAUCGAUAUCUAAUUGCAAGAACCUCCAAAACAUACCUGCUCGUCUGAAAGAACUCUCUUCUCUUAAAACGUUUACUAUCUUUAACUGUCCUCAGGUACCAUGCUUGCCAACUGAGGGCCUUCCCGAAAGGUUGCAAGAAUUAUACAUCAAAGACUGCCCUCUGUUGACAGAUCGCUGCCAGGUAAAUAUAGGAGCAGACUGGCCCAAAAUUGCUCAUAUCCCCAAUAUUGAUGUCGAUGAGGAGGGCAUUGUGCCAGAGAGGAGUAUAUACAGAAGAAGAUGACCUUCUACACUAUCAUCAUGCCUAUUUAAACGGUGGGUCGGAUCAGUUAAUGUUGAAUCCAGCUGAUGUUGUGAUUGGCAUGUUCAAAAAUGCGUCUUGACCUGGAAUUAGUGCUAUUGUUUCUUCAAAUUGGCAUCCGUUCGAGCUUCGAAUUAGCCUUGUCUUCAGACAGAUAAACUUACUAGACAGUAUAAACGAUAGCUUGCUUGUGAUGUAUAUUCUUUUAAUUGCAGUAUAUAUGUAUAAGAAUUACUGUAAAGCGGUUCAUUCGCGUAACAGCUCGGAAUGCAAACAAUGUACUUAUAUUAUGCUAUUGCUUUUACAUGAUGUUCAAGUACUCAUCAUUGUUGGCAUCCA